AUGUGCUUCAAGUUUGUCUGCUGCUUCAAAGAUUCAGUCAUCUAUAGCCCCCGGACCUGCUAUUUGACCCCCCCAGCCACUGCACCAACUGUUCCGGCCUCUGAUGUUGCUCUGAACGCUGCUACUGUAGAACCCGCGGCAGCUGAAGAACCUGCUGCAACAACUGACUCGCAAGCAGCUUUCUCUGCUUUAUCCAUUCUGAUAGCUGCCUCCACUGUUCCUGCUUAUUUUGUUAAUCCUGGGUCUCUUCAAAUUGAAAAAGAAAACUCAAACAAACAAGCUCCGGUUGGUUUCUCAUGUGGUUUUAUUCGCAUGUCGGGCAUCCCAUCUAUGGAUGAUUCUUUAUCUCAUCCACCUGGUUUUCAAAUAUCAAUCAAAGAGAGAACGAUGUUUUCUCAAAGGGUUCUUUCAACACUGACUCAAUAG